GUUGCCGUAUCUGGUAUGACGAGUCCUUCGCCGGCAACGCAGUUUCGAUGGUUCGUCGAGAGUUGCAUUCCUUGCCCUGCACUCAGAGAUAUUACUGAUGAUACCCUGGAAACGUGUAUGCGCUUAUCCCGACGAUUCCAGGCUAGCGGUUUAGUUGUUCGCUGCUCGAAGUUCAUUCGAGAAAAUGUACAUAAUCGACAACCGAUUGUUGCUUUAUGUUGGCUAAAUUGGUGUCUCAAGCAUCGAUAUGAUGAACAGGUAUUUAUAAUAUUUAAUUUAAUUCCUUUUUUUACUCCACUGAACCACGAG